AUGGAGCUCAGGUGCUUCCAGGCCAUCACUUGUUACCAAGCUGUGAUCAAUAACCUGGAAGAGGCGCAUGAACUCAUCGAUACUGCGAUCUCUACUUCUUUAAAAGAAAGCAAACCUGUUUACAUCAGUAUAAGCUGCAACUUACCGGCGAUUCCUCUUCCGACUUUCAGCCGCCACCCUGUUCCGUUCAUACUCGCGCCCAAAGUGAGUAACCAGAUGGGUCUAGACGCGGCGGUGGAGGCGGCUGCUGAGUUCUUGAACAAAUCCGUGAAGCCAGUCCUUGAUGUGUCGACGAUGAUACGGUGUGGGCAAAAGACCAUACUGUUCCUUAUCAACAACGGAGGCUACACUAUUGAAGUCGAGAUUCAUGAUGGUCCUUACAACGUCAUAAAGAACUGGAACUACACGGCUUUUGUUGAUGCUAUACACAACGGAGAAGGUAAAUGCUGGACUGCCAAAGUGACAUGCGAGGAGGAGCUUGUGAAAGCGAUCAAAACUGCGACGAAUGAGCAGAAAGAGAGCUUCUGUUUCAUUGAAGUGAUAGUGCACAAAGAUGAUACAAGCAAAGAGCUUUUGGAAUGGGGAUCUAGAGUCUCUGCUGCUAAUAGCCGUCCUCCAAACCCUCAGUAG